AACUUUCAACUCUCUCACACACACCUUUCAAAUACGAAACUCCACCAAGUGCUUCUAGUUCUACCAAGUUAGCUAGACCAUUAAUCAGCAUAUAUUGCACCUAAACUCUCGCUUUCUCCGCUUUAAUUUCUCAUUCUCCCCAUCAAAUCAUCAAUACAUUGAUCGUUCCAUGCAUGGAGAAGAGAAAACUACUCACCAAGGAUGAAACCUUUCUCCAACACCCUUUUGUCCUUGCUCUUGUUCUGGUAUUCGGUCUUGUUAUGAUGGACCCUUUUCAUAUGGGUCCUUUGGCCGAGCACCAAUUCAGACCCGUGAAGCAUGACAUUGCACCCUACCACAAAGUCAUGAAGAAUUGGCCUAGGGACAACAUUAGCAGAUUAGCACUUUAUGGCAAAUCAGAAUUCGAGAAUCAAGUCUUUGGACCAGAGUCACUCGAGUUUGAUAACAUGGGUCGUGGCCCUUACACUGGUUUAGCUGAUGGCCGCGUUGUACGAUGGAUGGGAGACGAACUUGGUUGGGAAACAUUUGCAGUUGUCACAUCUAAUUGGACGGAGAAACUGUGCUUUAGGGGCAAUGAUUCUACCACUGCGAAGCAAUGGAAGCAUGAGAAAACAUGUGGGCGUCCUCUAGGACUAAGGUUUGACAAAGAGAGUGGAGAUCUAUACAUAGCAGACGCAUACUAUGGUCUUCUCGUGGUUGGACCUGAUGGGGGACUUGCUACACCAUUGGCAACACAUGUUGAAGGAAAGCCAAUUCUCUUUGCAAAUGACCUUGACAUUCAUAAGAACGGAUCCAUCUUCUUCACAGACACCAGCAAGAGAUACAACAGAGUUGCGCACUUUUUUAUAUUAUUGGAAGGAGAAGCCACUGGUAGACUCCUAAGAUAUGAUCCUCCAACUAAAACAACCCAUAUUGUAUUGGAUGGCCUUGCUUUUCCUAAUGGAGUGCAAUUUUCUGAAGACCAAUCCUUCCUUCUCUUCACUGAAACCACCAAUUGCAGGCUAAUGAAGCUUUGGAUGGAGGGUCCUAAAAGUGGAAGUGUGGAGCUUCUAGCUGAUCUUCCGGGGUUUCCAGACAACGUAAGAAUGAACGAGAAAGGGGAAUUCUGGGUGGCAAUAGAUUGUUGUCGCACUCCAGCUCAAGAAGUUCUGAGUCACAAUCCAUGGCUGAGGAACAUUUACUUCCGUUUGCCGAUCAGAAUGAGCGUGUUGGCAAGAGCGAUGGGGAUGAGAAUGUACACAGUGAUUUCGCGUCUGGACGACAAGGGACAGAUUUUGGAAGUUCUUGAAGAUCGAGAGGGUGAGGUCAUGAAGCUCGUCAGCGAAGUCAGAGAGGAGAAAGGGAAGCUCUGGAUUGGAACUGUGGCGCAUAACCAUAUUACAACUUUGUCAUACCCUUAACUUAAUUACCCUUUUCAUUUCUUCUUCUAUCUAUUUCUAUUUUCUCACCAUAUAAUUAAUGUAGUGUGUGUGCUCUGUUUAGGAUAAUAAGAUAGACUCUGCAACUUCCACGCCUAUAAAAUCUUUAUGGAAUUCCUUUUUCA